UAUCAAAACUAGGUGUACUCUGCUUCAACUUCCAAAUAAACAUCGGUUGCUUAAGUCCGAAACUUGUACUAUACUUCAAUGCCUAGAUCGGUGAUUUUGCUGCUCUCAGAAAGUAAUGCGGUUUCAUGCGAUGGGACACAAUCAUUGGAAUCUGAACUAAAUGAUGAGAUUACGAACGAAGCAGCAGCAAGUGAAUUUGAAAUAAGAACCGUACAUUUGCCAGUACGAGAAAAUACUGUCAAGAGCGCUUGGGAUUCCUAUAUAUUCUACAAGAUCAGAAGAUUAUUUGAACACACAUCAAGAGCAAAAAAGAAGUUUUCAAGAAGCUCAAAAAGUUCAAGGCACAGAAGCGACGAGUGGGGAUCGUGCGCGAUAUGCCUUGAUGAGAAACCUCUCGAUCCGGUCGGAUGCAUUCACUGCCGACAACUAGUUGGAUGCCGGAGUUGCGCAAAUCGCUGGUACACGACCGAUAGAACCAAAAAACAUAAAUUAGGCAAUCCAACAAACACUGAGCGUUGUCCACUUUGUCGUCACGAAUGGAAGACGCGACCGGCGGUGAAAGAAAUGCGAAAGCUGAAGAAGACUGGACUGCGCAGGAAGAGCGAGUGACAGCUUGUCUGGUUUCGUAGUCAUUCUAUGUGAAUUUCCUGCUGCCGGUGCGUUGAUGCCUUUAUGUGUCCGCUGUUCAUGCAUAUACCUC